AGCUUACGUUGCAAAUAUCGAGCUCUCUUAUCUUUUGUAAAUUUGCGAUAAGUUCAGUUUGCUGCUACAGCGUAGUUUACCUUUGCGUGUGUACUUGUACAUUACUAUACAAGUACACUAUGGCGGAUGACCCAAGUUUGACCCGAUCCCAGGAGUUAAUCAAGGAGUUCAAUUAUGAUGAACAGGAAGAUGUGGAAGGCUGUGUUGCAAGGUGGUCCAGUCAGUUAGGAAAAGACCUGCACAUGGACUACAGUGACAUUGAUUACGAAAGUCGUGAAAAGAUCAAGACUAAGGAUAAACAGACUCUGUCAGGCUGGCUUGUGAAUGCAGUAGACCUUGUUCGUCGGCAGAAUAGUCAGUUGUAUCUCUUGAAGGAGAUCAUCGAGUGCUUCAAGACGGAAGCACUAGCAGACAAAGAGAAGGUGAUCAGACUGCAGGGCCAACUGCUUGUGCAGAAGGAUGAACAACUUCAGUUGCUUAAGACGUCUGUUGAGGAGACAGUCCAAACAACGGUGGAGUCAGGGAUUCAGAACUAUAGUGCAGCUGUUCAACAGAACAGUGCAAGUGGUACGGUCUGCAACAGUAAAAUCCUGAAGAAGGUGAUGAAGAGUGUGGCUGCAGAGGAGGACAGGAGCAAGAACCUGAUCGUGUUUGGGCUGAAAGAAGAGGAGGAAGAACAGCUUCCAGCGCUAGUUACCACAGUUUUGGAGGAGAUCGGGGAGAAACCUCACUUCGAAGCGACUAGAGUCGGUUGGAAGAGGCCAGGUAGUACGGCUAUCCGACCAGUCAAGAUCACCGUCCCAAGCUCAACAGCGGUUCAUCAGAUUCUGAUGAAAACAGGGAGACUGAGGGAGACGCACAAAGAUGUAUGGAUAUGUCCAGACAGAUCCAGCGAAGAACGAGCAACAAGGAAGCAUCUGGUCACUGACCUGAAGAAGAAGAGGGCGGAACAGACUCAUCUCGACCACUACAUCCGGUACGGGAAGGUAUGUAGCCGUGAUAAGAAGUCAUCAUGAGUUACACUC